AUGUCAGACUCCACCGCCUUGGAACACCAAUCGGCGCCCCCACCGCCGUCUGCGGCCGCGGCCCACCACCUCUACCCCCGCCGGGAGCCGUUCGAGCACGGGCUGCUCCCCAUCACCAAACUCAUCUUCACCGACGGCGCGCAAACGCUGUCUCAGCUCAAAUCGACUCUCCUAUCCUCCAAUCCGACCGAGCGGGUUGAUUUCGAUACACUGUCCCGAGCCCUCCAAAUCCCCCUCGAGCACGCGCGGCUUAUUAUCGAGACGAUUUCCUCCGUUUUGCACGGCGAGUCCGAUCCGUUGGUGGAGGCCGGCGGAUCGCCUGAUGGGGUCGAUAGAAUUGGGGUGAAUGUGUACGAUUUGCUCGUGUUUUUGUACAUACAGAGUUAUAAGAGGUUGCUGCCAAAAGGGCAUAAGGAUUCUGCAGCUGUGGCCGAUGUUUGGCCGUCGACGUCGGCGUUCGAUGGGGUCUUAUCAACUCUUUCGCCGUUGCAGUUGGUACGGAGCAACAGUCGCAAGUUUAUGCCAUCUCAAGCUGAUGAAGAGUCUCAUCAGCUGUCCUAUUUGCAGAAGCACAUAGGAAAUAUCAUCUCUCUGUUGGCGGACCCCACAGAAGGAGAAGGUGAUGAAUCUCUGGUUCUAUCCAUGGAUAAAUUUGAGCAUCUCGGAUUUCUGCUUUAUUUUGGGGAAAAGGGAUCUGUUAGAAUCCCCUUGAGCCAGAGUACUCCAUUUUUCGCAAAUUCCGAUCCGGACAUGCCUGCUGCACCUGUUCCUGCAUCACAAGUUCUUGACUGGCUUCUCCAAAAUAUAGCCUCUACUCUGGAAUUUGUUUCCGAUAGAGUUUCACCAAAGGAUAAUGUGCCAACCAGUUCUUCUGAUCAGGACGUUCAGAUGGCUGAUGCUGGCACAAGUCCCUUGAAACCCUCAAGCAGUUUUAGAGGUCCAAGUUUCAUUGAGGGAAUUUCUAAAUCAUCGUGUGUGAAGCACGCAUCUGAUCUUAAGGGUACAUCUGCAAAGGUUGUAAAUUGCCACGAAUCAGUAAUUUACGUUUUGGCACCAUUGAAAUAUGCAACAGUUUAUGGAUGCUCUGAUGCAACCAUUGUCAUUGGUGCUGUUGGCAAGGCCAUUAGGGUUGAGCAUUGUGAACGAGUUCAUCUGAUUACUGCUGCAAGACGUAUCUGCAUUGCCAACUGUCGUGAAUGUGUGUUCUUCUUAGGGGUCAACCAGCGACCCCUCAUUGUUGGUGAUAAUCAUAAAUUGCAGGUGGCUCCAUAUAAUACGUUCUAUUCGCGACUUGAGGAGCACAUGAAUCAAGUUGGGGUCAUCCCGGGCAUCAAUAGGUGGGAUGAGCCCGUGGCACUUGGAUUAGUUGACCCACACGACUCAUUAUCCCAUCCUGCUGGUGUUUCAGAUGUUCAAGCUGAAUCUGCUUCACGCAUGGAUCCCGAUCAGUAUACUCAUUUCGUGAUUCCAGAUUGGCUGGAAGGUGAACAGACUGGUCCCACUAAACACAAUCCCUUUCCUUUACCUGAUGCGUACCUUCAAUCUCAGCAGAAAAAUAUGAAAAAUCUGGAAGAAGUUAAGCAGCUCUUAAGGGAUACUAACCUUGAAGAUAGCCGGAAACGAGAACUGUCGAGCGCUCUUCAUGCGUGUUUUAAAGAAUGGUUAUACGCUUCAGGAAACAUUAGGCAGCUUUACUGCUUACAGGGCGAAUGA